UGCAGCGCGUGUUGCGGGCGGGCACUGGAGAAGUAUUAAAAUGAAUUUUAAUGUCUGGAAUAUCAAGGAGAUGCUCAGUAUCCCCUCAGGCUCUGGGAUCACUAAACCAUCUAACUGGAGUAGUAAUCAGACUGAUUGUUCUUCUCUCAGUGAUUCCCAGUUCCUCUUUGGGUCUCAGUUUUGUUCAGAAAAUUCAGAAAUUCUGUCCACAUCCUUGGAUACUGGUGCCUACUCAAGACAUCCAAAACAGACACAACAGAACUCUGUAGAUAAUGAACCUAGUAUUUUCACAAAAUACCAGACAAAGCCCCAGUUGUUUGGAGGUGAUACAAAGGAUGAAGAUUUAUUUUCUCUUCCUUUGCCAGUUGGAAAAUCAAAAGGACUCCUGAAACAGUUUGAGGAGAAAAAACGAAGGGCAACAGACAAAUGUGACAGUGACAUGCUGUACAACUUUAUUUCUCAUUUUCAAGAAGUCAUUCAUAAGUUGCAGACAUCUGUGGAAAAGUCUGAGGAACAUUUCAGUAUGAGAAGCCAAUCUAUUUUGGAUUCUUUGGAAACUCUAGCCAAGACAUUUCAAGAGACUGCACAGGUCCAGCGCGACCUAAUGUUUGAGGCCGUGCGAGACAAAGGCAAUAUGGAACAGGCAGUCCUUGAGAUCCAGAAGAAAUCUGAAGCCAGACAAACUGAGUUCAUGGAGAUGAAAUCCAACCUGAAGAACCUUGAAGUUCUAGUUGCACAGCAAAGUAAGGACUUCCAGCAACUUUCUGAGAAGCUGGGCCAGCUCAAUGUGCCUGGUGUCAUAGAAGAGCUGAAAAAACUCAUCUCUGCCCCUCAGGUAGCUGGGCAUCUGAAAGACAGCACCUCCCAGACCUCACCAGCUCUGACCCAGAGCCUCCAUCUUACCAGACAGGAAAAAUGCACCGCUGAGGAGCCAGCUGCUCAACAGGGCCAGGUGUCUCCUUCAGGGAAUCCCAGUAGGAGUUCCCAGAGGCCUAGGGAGCUUGGUGUCUGGGAUGAAGGAGCAGAGAAUGAUGUUUUUCAAAAUGCUACAUUGCCAGCAGAUGGGCCCCAUAGAGAAAAUGAACAUUUGAAGAACAAAAACCUGAAGACUUACUGCAAGAACUGGGUUAUCACCACCAGAAACCUCAAUAACCACUGUUCUGACCCCCCAAGCCAGAAGACCGGCCGUGACCAGGAUCUAAUUGCCCAAGAAGCCUCACAGCUGGACUUAAAUAAAUUUGAAUUCAGAAUGAAGAAUGUCUGCUCCCAAAAUGAAAACGAAAACAUGUGUUCUGACCAGUUUGAACAGUCAGCAACUGAACAGAAAGGCAAGACCCGAGGAAAGGGCAGGAAAGGCAAGAAGCAGCAACCCAGGAAAUCACAGAGAAGCAGGCUUCCAGCUAGGAAGAAAGAACAAACUCCAAGGAAGGCCUGUGAUUUCAUCUCGAAGCACUGCAGUCCCCAGUCUCCAGUUUCUAGCCUACACGGGCCCCUCAUCUAUUGGCAGGCUCCAAGAACCUCCACAAAGUCAGCCUCUCAUAUUCCAGGAGGAACAGUGAGGAACAGUAAGACAGCAAGGGCAGCACAGGGGAGGACCCUGCAGUCUACCCAGCACUCCUCCCCAGACCAUGCAUGCUUAUCUAGCAGUUCCCAGGGGGAUGAGCAGAUAAAUUGGUUCAUUGACCUCAGCCUUGAAAACCCAGAGCCUCCCCUGUAUAAGAAGGGAGGGAAGAAUUUGCUCUGUGAUCCGGAUUUUGACAGCAGUGAUGAUAACUUCUAAGCCUGCCAACAGUGACUUCAACUGAUGGUUCAUUGAUCUCAGUUAGAAAAACAAAUUGUGGAACAUUUGGAAUGGACAGUAGCAUGCAGUAUCUGAAGUUGGCUUAUCUAGCCUCAGAGUCAGAGGCCUUGACUGAUGGUCAGUAGGAGGUAGGCAAGAAUCCAGUACUCUGGGCCACUCAUGACAAAGGUGUAGAAGUUAAUUAAGGGGAGACAGUGACAAGAGCUCAGUCAGCCUGUGAUGUGGCAUCAGGAAGGCAGUCAUGUGUAUUUGGUGAAGGGAAAGGUCUUCUUUAUGGAGCACUAUCUAGAAGAAGCUCUCAGAACUCUUGUGGCUGCAUGAGUAGCCCUUGAAACAUUCCCUGUACCUGAUGGAUACUGUCUGAGCCUCAGGAUUUCUUUUUUUUUUUAAAUCUAGUUAUACUGUCAAAAGAGUUUUCUUAUUUCCACUAGAGGAUGUAUUACAGGGUACCCUAUUAGACAGGAGUUCAUUAUGUAGCCUUGACUGGCCUUGUAUUUACAAUCCUCCUGCCUUAGCCUCCAGUACUGGUACUACAAGCAUGUCUCAAUUCUCAGCUGUAAAUUAGUCUACUUAAGAACAGAGUAUUGGUACACACCUUUAAUCCCAACACUCAGGAGGCAGAGGCAGGUAGAUCCCUAUGAGUUUGAGGCCAGCCUGGUCUACAGAGCAAGUUGCAGGACAGCCGGGGAUAUACAGGGGGAAAAAAAGGAGUGUUAAAGAUGUCUAUGAAAGUUCUUACCUAUAAUCCCAGCACUAAGCAGAGACCAUAAUUACUUCAUAUUUGAGGACAGCCUGGUUUACAUAGGGUGUUCCAGACCCAUGUGGCUACAUUAUGAGAUCCGGGUAUGGGGUGGGGUGGAGUGGAGCUGCCUUUGAGAGAGGUGACGUAUAUCAAACAAGACCAAAAUAAUCAAAACUAAUGUAGCUAUAGACCCUAUAUUGUUGGAAAGCAGUAGGCUUUUUUUUUAAAUAGACAGGGUUUUUCUGUGUAGCCUUGGCUGUCCUGACACUUGCUCUGUAGACUAGACUAGUCUUGAAUUUAUAGAGAUCUGCCUGCCUCUGCCUCCUAAGUGCUGAGAUUAAUGGCAUGCACCACCACAGCCCAGCCAAGCAAUAGACUUUUAUGCUAGACUUUGGCAUUCCACUUAUAUCUUGAUGGUUUUUGUUAUUUGUGUUUUUGAAGAUACUGUAGCUCAUGAUUACCUGGAAUUCAUUAUAAGUCCAGACUAGGCUCAAAUUCACAGCAGUCUCCUUUCUUUAGCCUCUCGAGUAUUGGGGCUAUGGACAUAAACCACCAUGACUGACUUUGACAUUUUUAAUUUUGCAACACAUAUGUAUUUCUUUGUAAUUAAAAAACCAUCAAAACCAAAAAUGAGCUGGAAGAUGGUUCAGCAGUUAAAGCACUUGCCACACAGAUGUGAGAAGUAGAGUCCAGACCCCUAGAAAUCCAUGUAAAUAUGCUGUAUGGGUGGGUCAGCCCAGCUGUAAUUCUAGCCUUAGCAGGUGGAGACAGAGAAGUUAGCUAACAGAACUAACCAUAUCUGUGAGUUCUGGUUUUGUUUAAGACCCUGCCUCAAUAAAUAGGUGAUUAAUUGAGGAUGAUUCCUAACACCAACCUCGAGCUUCCACAUGCAUGUGCACCCACACCCACAUGUGCGAGCACACCAGACAUGCAAAGAAGAAGAAAAAAAAACAAACAACAACACUAAACCUCCAGGUUUGGUGACAGAUGCUUGUAAUUUCAGGGUGUCUAAGACAAUAGGACCCUAGGUUCACUGCCAGCCCAGGCAACAUAGUGACACUAUGUCUCAAAAGAAAGGGGGCAGGGGAAGAGGGAGAGAAAGGGAGGAGAAGAGAAGGAAAGGGAGAAGGAAGAGAAAAAAGAUAGUGAAGGAAGUCACUUAGAGAGAAGCUUCAUAGAAUGAAUGGUUCUGUAAAAUUUCCCAUGUCCAAGCCAAUCUUCAGCCACUGAAGACUAAACUGGUGUAGAAAGAAGUGACUCUUAAUUUCUUUCUCUUCAGGAGUGUUUCCCAUAAAAUUCUGUAGGGCUUGAAUCUGUGACACCAUCGGCAGGGCGCUAGACACUAGUCUGUUCUCUUAUUUCCAGACCAAGGGCUUUCUGUAGCCUGGACCUCCCACGUAUGUGGACAGUCACAGCUGUCCUUUUUUAGGCCGAGGUAAUUCAAGCCUGGAUUCUGCCUCAGGAUGUGUUGGCCUCUUCUUUCUGUGGACCAUAUAGGCUGGCUGAUUAGUCUCCCCUCUGCACCCUCCAUUGCAACCCCUGCUGCCUUAACUGCUUAUGAACAGAAGUCAUGAGAAGCCACAGCCCCACUACCCAAAAGGCUCCUUCCAGCCCUUCCCAGACUGGCUACAGUUGCUCACCAAGCCACCAGAAGGAAGCUCUGAGACCAAAGGAUCUUAUUUCUGGUGAACAAGAAAUCUGUUAUAUUUUAUUUUUAUCUGUUGAUGUUUGCUGUUUUAAUUCAAAGUUAAGAUCUUGUUAAGUUUUUUUCAGUUAGUAUUUAUGACUGAGCCCUUCUUGAACCGCCUCACUUUAAAAUGCCAGAGAUGGACCCCGUGUUGCUAACUCUGCUGUACAAAAUGCUGUUCCUCAGCAGUACUUCACUUUUUGGGUGAUGAUGUCAAAGUUCACUGUGAUUCAGUGUUUUGUGAGCUGGGUGUUUUUAUAAAGUAAGCGGUAAACUUAUCUCCUAACAAGGCUGAGAUAAUUAAAAAUUACACUACAUGUCUCUGGUAAUCAUCAGGAAAGGGUGUUCUGUUUCUUCUUUUAUUCCUAUGACUUUUUACUUUUUUUUAAUUUUAUUUUUUAUUCCUGCCAGACUUGUUGAACAUGACAUAGUCUCAGGCACGUCCUUGGAACACACAACAUUUUUGGCUCUUCAGAUGCUCGUAGAGCUGUAUGUAGCUACACAGGGGCGGAUAUAGUGGGAGGUCUGGGGUGGGAGGAUGGAGAGCCUGCUGAGUGCUCCUCCCUGUUACUCCAGGAUGGAAAUGAAGCUGACUACAGCACUUACUUCCUGACAGCCCAGUAUCAAUUUACAUAUCACUGACAAAUGGCCCUUUUACAUUUAGAGAGUGUUGGUCCUCUCCUUCCACCAUCCUCUUGUUCUGUUUUGUCUCACACUGAUGGAGCUGAGUUAGUGUUCUUGUUUUACUUGCGUUGACCAGAGUUAUAAACUCCAGAAGUAAGAACAGCACCUGCCUUGUCUGUGCUGUGUCCUCAGCACACAGGAAAGUGUCUGACUUGGUACUUACUGGGGCAGAGGCUGCAUUUUUAGGCAAAUGACUUUUUAAAAACCAUCUUAAGCCAGGUAGGUGGUGAUUGCACAGGCCUUUAGUUCCAGCACUCAGGAGGCAGAGGCAGGCAAAUCUCAGAGUUUGAGACCAGCCUGGUCUACAGAGUAAGUUCCAGGGCAGCCAGGGCUAUUACAUAAAGAAACCCUAUCUUGAAAAACAAAACAAAAAAGCCAAACAACCUCCCCUCACACAAAAGCCCUGUCUUGGAAUUUGAGUCUUCCAUAGAUCCUCGUGUUGUUUCAGGAAGCUCCAAGAGGCUCGUGCCUAUGUCCACGUCUCUCUCACAGCAAUUCCUGGCAGUUCUUUCUUCUCCCAGUGUGCCGAGAAAACAUUUGCCUCACUGUUAGGUUUGUAAUUUAGAUUUUGCUUUUGUUUUGUUACUGAGAGACAGGAUUUCUCUAGCUUUGGAGCCUGUUCUGAAACUCACUGUGUAGAACAGGCUGGCCUUGA